GGUUAGGUGAUACCAUCAUUAUACUACACUGGAGGUAGGAUACCAUCAUUACACUACACUGGAGGUAGGAUACCAUCAUUACACUACACUGGAGGUAGGAUACCAUCAUUACACUAUGCUGCUAUUGUUAUGACUUGUUCAAUGAUCAGGUUGACUUCCCGCACUUUGGCAUGCUGCUGCGGUUACAAACCCCGUGACUGAAACAGUUUCCUUGUGUUAAUCGGUAUUGUUAGUCGUCAACAGUAUCUAUGUCAAACCCCGGGUUAAGACCGGCAGGAGGCUGCCAGGCCCCAUCUGCUCCCCCAGCUGCAGGCGUGGCUGGGGCCGGGAUUGGAGAACAGGAGAGACGGGAGGAAGGGAGGAGAACCAUAAAUCCUCCGAGUUGGGCGGAGGGAGGGAGGGAGGGAUAUUAAAUGCGUUUCUCAGAGCCGUUAACUUAUCGCGCUGUUAAAAAGSGGAAUCAUUAAAUAUGUGAAGUAAUAUGACACCGCCUCCGUGAAGCUGCCGGGACUCUAUUUGAAAGUCAGCACGCGGACCCGGUAAAAGAAACAGACCCCGCCUCUUGUCUGUAUUUUAUUCCCACCGGGGUGUCUCCCCUCUUCUCUCUGUCCCCCCCCCUUAUCUCAGCUGCUGCUCGCCUGCUGAACAAUGUAACCGCAUCAACAUAACGGGAGUUGGGAAGAGAGAGUGUUGGAUAGAAGAAAGAAAAAAACCGGUUUGUUUUCACCUUGUUUUCCUCUCAAGAUUGUCGUUGUUGAACAAACUCUGGAUUUGUGUUGGGAAUGAAACUUGGCGGAUACUGAAUGAACAGGUAAGGGGGUGCCAUGCCAGCUGCUGUUCCCCCUCUGCUCCCCCUCGCCACCUGCUGGUGGUGUCUGGUACUGCUGCAGCUUCCACAGGCCCUGACCCAGCCCCAGCUGGACCCUAACCCAGAGAAGGCCUCUCCCGCUGGGCAGGCCUUCCCUCGCCUCUCCCUGGAUGGAUCUCCCCUCAACCACCUCCUACUGGACCCCAUGUCUGGUCAUCUGUACGUGGGGGCGGUCAACCAUCUCUACCAUCUCUCUCCUGACCUCCAGGUGCUGUCCUCCAGUCAGACUGGCCCCAAGCUAGACAGUCCUGAAUGCCUGCCCCCCAUAGUCCCCAAGGACUGCCCCACCGCCCGGGUCACCCCCAACACCAAUAAGAUCCUGCUCCUGGAGGAAGGCGUGGAUGCGGUGGGGUCAGAGGUCGGGGCAAGGAGCCUGAUCGUGUGCGGGACAUUGUUCCAGGGUAUCUGUGACAAGAGGAGUCUGGGUAAUGUGUCCGAGGUGCUCUAUCAGACGUCCAACCCGGUGGACACGCAGUACGUUGCCGCCAACGACCCCCGCGUCUCCACCGUGGGCGUGAUCUUGAACCAGAAGGGGGUGGGGCUGAUGCUAGUGGGGCGUGGCUACACUAGUAAAGGCCCCAGCGACAUCCCACCAAUCACAACGCGCCGUCUGUCCCCCAGCUCCUCCCCCGCCCGUCAGGCCUUCUCUCAAGACGAGGAACUAGGGAAGCUGGUCGUCGGGAGCUACUCCGAGUACAACAACAACUUCAUAUCAGCGUUUAACCACAGCGACCACGUCUACUUCCUGUUCUCGCGGAGGGAUAUGUGGCACAGGAAGGAGUACCGGACUUACGUUUCUCGUCUCUGCGCCGGGGACCGGAGCUUCUACUCCUACGUGGAGGUUCCGUUGGAAUGUUCCGGCGGUUACAACCUCGCCCAGGGGGCUUCCCCCGCCGAACACCAGGGGCGACCGGCGCUGUUCGUUGCCAUGGCGGCGGGGCAGGCGUCGACGCCCACGGCGACCGGUCGCUCGGCGCUGUGUGUUUACGAGAUGUCAGAGCUGGAUGCGGCGCUGCAGAGGGCCCAGGAGCUGUGUUAUACAGAGGGAGGAAGAGGAAGUACGGGACAUGAGGAGGCAUACAUAGAGUAUGAGGUGUCGUCCAAGUGUCUACGCCUGCCCAAGG